CUCUGGCCCAGUGUCCCCGUCCCUCUGGCCCAGUGUCCAGCCCCCUCAGGCCCAGUGUCCCAGCCACCUCUGGCCCAGUGCCUGCUGUCUGGAGUGACCAGUGUCUGUAGCGUCCAGCCUCCUCUGGCCAUGCGUGCCCCUGCUCUGGCCACUGUGUCUCUGCUGCUGCUACUGUGCUUGUGCCCACACUGGCUGUGGGCAGUGCGGAGGGUGGAGAGGUCAAGUUUCCGGCCAGAGUCGGCAGUGACCCUGGCACACCUGGCAGUGGACGGGCAGACGGGUCUGGUGUACCUGGGCGGUGUUGACCACAUCUACCAGCUGUGGGGCAACUUGAGCCGCCUGCGAGUCCACGUGAGCGGUCCAGUCCGUGACAAUCCCGGCUGCUACCCCCCGCCCAGUGUCCGCGCCUGUUCCCAGGGACUCCGGCCACUGUCGAACCUCAACAAGCUGCUGUUGAUCGACGGUCAAGGCCGACGGCUACUGGCCUGCGGAACGGCCUGGCAGGGCGUCUGCCAACUCCUGCGACUGCGGGACUUAUUCAAGCUGUCCGAGCCACACCACCGCAAGGAACAUUACCUGUCCAGUGUCCGGCAGCCCUGGGAGAUGGCCGGAGUGUUGGUGGACGGAGGCCAGCAGGGCGAGAGCCACCUGUUUGUCGGCACCUCCAUCGCGGGAAAGUCCGAGUAUUUCCCCACCCUCUCCAGCCGUAGGCUGACCGCUAACUCCGAAGAUGCCCAGAUGUUGGCCCUGGUCUAUCAGGACGAGUUUGUCUCGUCCCAGCUGCGUAUUCCCAGCGAUACUCUGUCCAGAUUCCCGGGGUUCGACAUAUAUUAUAUCUACGCCUUCACCACCGGCCCCUUUGUCUACUUUGUCACCCUGCAACUGGACACGGAACUGACCGCCGCUGACCAUUCGGCCGAGCCCUUCUACACAUCCCGCCUGGUGAGACUCUGCUCCAAAGAUCCCCGGUUUUACUCGUAUGUAGAGUUCCAGCUGGGCUGCACGAGGGGUGGAGUGGAAUAUCGAGUGGUGCAGGCGGCAAGACUAAUCCAGCCCGGGCCUAGACUGGCCAGAUCUCUUGGCCUUGACCCUCAGGACAAGCUGCUCCUGGCCACAUUCUCCAAGGGGCAGAAGCGCAGGAGAGGCCCGGGGUCUCAGGGAGAUUCCCUCCUCUGUCUCUUCACCCUGGCCUCUGUAGAACAGGCCAUCAGCGAACGCAUACGGUCUUGCUACAGAGGAGAGGGACGGCUAUCUCUAACGUGGCUGCUCAACAAAGAUCUACAAUGCAUCAACUCGGUAAGUUUCCCAACCAAA